CAGUGCGCAGAGAGCUUCAUGGAAUGGGUUUCCAUGGCCGAGCAGCUGCAUCCAAGCCAUACAUCACCAAGUGCAAUGCAAAGCGUCGGAUGCAGUGGUGUAAAGCACGCCGCCACUGGACUCUAGAGCAGUGGAGACACGUUCUCUGGAGUGAUGAAUCGCGCUUCUCCAUCUGGCAAUCUGAUGGACGAGUCUGGGUUUGGCGGUUGCCAGGAGAACGGGACUUGUCUGACUGCAUUGUGCUAAGUGUAAAGUUUGGUGGAGGGGGGAUUAUGGUGUGGGGUUGUUUUUCAGGAGCUGGGCUUGGCCCCUUAGUUCCAUUGAAAGGAACUCUGAAUGCUUCAGCAUACCAAGACAUUUUGGACAAUUCCAUGCUCCCAACUUUGUGGGAACAGUUUGGAGCUGGCCCCUUCCUCUUCCAACAUGACUGUGCACCAGUGCACAAAGCAAGGUCCAUAAAGACAUGGAUGACAGAGUCUGGUGUGGAUGAACUUGACUGGCCUGCACAGAGUCCUGACCUCAACCCGAUAGAACACCUUUGGGAUGAAUUAGAGCGGAGACUGAGAGCCAGGCCUUCUCGUCCAACAUCAGUGUGUGACCUCACAAAUGCGCUUCUGGAAGAAUGGUCAGAAAUUCCCAUAAACACACUCCUAAACCUUGUGGACAGCCUUCCCAGAAGAGUUGAAGCUGUUAUAGCUGCAAAGGGUGGACCGACGUCAUAUUGAACCCUAUGGAUUAGGAAUGGGAUGUCACUUAAGUUCAUAUGCGAGUGAAGGCAGGUGAGCGAAUACUUUUGGCAAUAUAGUGUAUUUUCCUGAACUUGGUGUGUUGGAAGCAGAAAAAUGGGCACACAUUUGAGUGACUAGACUAGGGCCAAAGUAUGGGUAUAUAACUGUCAGAACACACAGUGCAUUACUGUUUUGGUGGGAAAAGAAGGCACAAUAUUAGGCAGGUGGUCAUAAUGUUAUGGCUGAUCAGUGUAUAUAAAUAUACAUUUAUAUUUAUACUCCAUUAAACUCCAAAUACACAAUUCAUAGUGUUGCAUCUCUGUGUUGGAGCUUUAGAAUACCAGCCUAAUGGUUAAGUCAUAUUUUAAGGCAAAUUAAUUCUAAUAAUAUUAAAUGCGCUUUAAAAUUGAGUACAGGUUGUCAACAGAAAUGGGCAUUUGAAUUCAAAUAUUAACGUUUGCACCUUUGAUGAGCCGUCCAAUCAGUGCACUGCAUUUGGCUCACAAGCCCUGGGACCAACGGUUAUAUUUUGAAUCUCUCACACAAUUAACAACAGGAUUUCCGUUACCACUCUUAGGUGAGGUAAAUUUUAGCCAGGCCAACAAUAUUAUUCUAAUAGUAUUGUAAUUAAAGCUAUGAAUGUCACAAAAAUUUACUUUAAGCUAGGUUAAUAAUACUAGUAUAAUUAUGUUCGAACAUCUUUCGGAGAAGGGAUAAAUUGAUGACAUUGAAGUCAGUUGGGAAAACGUGGUUGUAGGCAUGCCAGGGCAUGCUUUAGUGUAAAUCCGUUGGUAACGUGUGGUGGAUGAAUGCCUGUAAGAUCAUGUAUUCCUGUUGCAUUUGUGGAAAAUUCAUUCCUUCUCUAAAGGCGUAUGUUGUAAAUUGCAGACUGCAUCGUAGUGAACCCCGUUGCAUUUUCAAGUGUGUUGGAACUGGUUGUAAGCGAGUGUUUUCUAAGUAUGCAGCAUUAAAGUCUCACGUGUAUCAUCACCAUGAUAACAUGUCAUCGGUUGCACAGGAUUUGGCGUUAACAAAAUUAAAAUGCACAGUUUCCCUUUGUAAACACCAGUGUGAUGGAGUCAAAGAGUUGGUUGCUCACUUAAAGGAGCACAUAGUAGAGGGACGUUCUGUGAACUGCCCAGUUAGAGGAUGCAAACCUGUGUUCAGUGUAAAAUCUUCAUUUACUUCCCAUAUGUCUAGAAAACACAGACAUUGCUCAAUAAAUGCGACUUGUGGCUCAAUCAAAGAUAAAGCUUCUGAAUGCUUUUCCACAGAUGAGCACAACAGGGCAUGACACUGCUAGUGUGUCACAUGUUGGAGACAAUAUUGAGGACAUGUCUAAUUUCAGUGAUUUGUAUCACAGAAAUCUGUGUAUGUUUUACAUAAAGUUACAGGGACAACAUCUUAUUCCAGCAUCUACAAUUCAGGACAUUGUUGAAGAGAUGCAGAAUAUGCAUGAGUUAGGACAGACCUAUACUCUAAAUCAAUUACACUUUCUUCUGAAAGGUUUGUCAGUAUCAGAUGAAGACAUUGUUAAAAUCUGUGAUACAGUGAAGAAAUCUGAUUUGUUCUCAGCUUGUCACACAGGGCCUAUGAGAACAGCAUACUCUAGAGCCCAGUGUUUUAAAGAAAUAUUCAAAUAUGUGGAGCCCAAAAGGGUAUUUUUAGGGAGAGAUGAAAACAGAGCAGAAAGAUUUGCAUAUUAUGUUCCUGCGUUAAACACUUUGAAAAAUAUGCUAGGAUCACAUUUUUGGCAGGGGCUCAUGUCAGUAGAUGCUAAUGAUGUUUCCCUCCCUGAUGUUCUCUGUGACACACAUGAUGGUAAGGUGUUUACAUCAAAUACCUUGUUUCAGGAAGACCCAACUUGUCUUAAGAUGGUGUUAUACCAGGAUGCAUUUGAGGUAGUGAACCCUUUGGGUUCGGCAAAAAAAAAGCACAAAGUUUUGGCUGUAUACUUCUCGCUAUUAAAUUUGCCUCCACAUGUUCGAUCAAAUGUUGAUCAUAUGCAGCUGGUUUUGCUGUGCAGAGAGAAGGAUUUUAAAGAAUUUGGCCAUGACAAGGUUUUCUCAGACCUGCAAAUAUUGGAGGAGAAUGGGAUAACAAUGGCAGAUGAAACAGCUGUUAAGGGAACACUUUACUGCAUUGCUGGAGACAACCUAGGCUCACAUUGCAUUGGUGGAUUUACUGAAAAUUUCAGUUCCUCAGAAUAUUUUUGCAGAUACUGUCUAAUUUCUCGAAGUCAGUUUGAGAGCCAUGACCCAACUUCAUGUGGACCAGAGCGUACCUCAGAAUCUUACAGUUCUGCAGUUAAUCAGUUAGAGGCUGAAGGUAUUUCAGAUGUUAAAGGAGUGAAAUUUAGAUCAGUAUUUAAUUCAUUGAAACAUUUUGAUGUUUGUCUGCCUGGUUUGCCCCCAUGUCUUGGGCAUGACAUUUUUGAAGAUGUCCUCUCUUAUGAUGUUGCUUUUUACCUGAGGUAUUUUGUUCAGGAAAAGAGAUGGUUCACAUACUCUAUUUUGAACAGGCGCAUUAAGCAAUUCAAAUAUGCAACCACAGAUGCUACCUCCAAGCCAUGUGAGGUCAGUCCUAAAACACUUCGACUUUCUGGCCUCUUAUAAGAUAUAUGAUUUGUGCUCAGAAAAUUUCCAAGGCUCAGGUUACUUAUCUGGAUGUGCUCAUUCAGGAAUAUUUAGAUUCCAGGAAGGCACUGUUUCCAGAUAACAAGUUGAGGCCAAAGCAUCACUACUUACGCCACUAUCCAGGAUUGAUUAUAAAAUUUGGCCCACUGAUCAAAUUAUGGACUAUGCGCUUUGAAAGCAAACAUAGUUACUUUAAAAGAUGUGCAAGGCAUUUAAAGAAUUUUAAAAAUCUGUGUCUUACACUUUCAGAAAGACAUCAGAUGUUCCAGGCCUAUCUUUCAGCUGGGUCAGUGAGUCCUCCAGCCUUGCAAAUAAAAGACAGCUCACCAUUUCACACAGAUCUUUACAGUAAACAAGUUAAAGAUGUUGUCUCACAGUUUAACUUCAAUGAAGUAAAUACACAGAUCACUGCAGAUGUGCAGUAUAAUGGAAUUACAUACAAAAAAGGCCAGUUUGUUGUCACUAUGAAUGAUGACUCCAUGGAGUUUGGUGAACUUAUUCUCAUUGUAGUGAAAGAUGAGUCUGCACUUCAUUUUCUAAUGAGAAUGUAUUUAGCAGAAAUGCUUCCACAAUUCCACAUGUACUCUGUGAAAAAUGACAGUGGAAGAUUGCAGUGUGUACACAUUAAUAAACUGAUUGACAUGUGGCCGUUAUCAUCUUAUAUGAAAAAUGGAUACCAGAUAGUCCCAUUGAAGCACAGUGUAUUGUCAGAGUAGAUAAUUUUUGAACUAGUAAGCCACAGAGCAAUUUUUUUUUAUCUUUUAUUUUCUUUUCUUUUUUUUUCCCUUUGUGUGUGUAUGUAUUCUAUCUAAAAGAUAUGGCUGAAUCACAAGUACAGAAGAUAAGCGGUGCCAUUACUGCAGUUUUUCCUGAUCUUCCUGUAGCAGUUCUUAAUUCUGUAGUAGAUACUUUAAAGGUACUGGGUGCAGAGACCACAGAUGAUCUGCAGUACAUUACAGAAGGAGACUUGUUGCCUGUGUUAAAGCCAAUCCAAGCCAGAAGACUUCUUGUUGCCUGGACCCUAGAAGAGCAGCAUAUUCAGCAGAACAUCAUUCAGGGUUUAAUAUUUAAUACUUUGUUACAGAAUCACCCACUUCAACCUCAGCAUGUUCAUGUCCAGUGUCUGUCAGUUCCUCUCCAUCCUCUGUUUCUACCUCACCAGCAUCAUCCAUAAGCACUCCAUUGCCCCUGCCAGGCUGUUCUGCUUCUGUGUCAAACUGGGUAGACAAUUUCCAGAUACCAUGGCAGAAGCUUCCAGAGGAGUUACUGCAAUGUUUGGAAAGGCAGAGAAGACCUAGUCCUCGACUAUGACGAGAGAUGAUAAGGAUUGUGGUUUCUGAAAUUAUGAAGACAUGCAAAAGUCCAACCAAGCGCCACACUACUGAGAUUGGCAAAAGGAUGGUGGCUAAGUAUCCAGUAUCUCUACAAGAUGUCAUUGAGAGUGAUGUUGUUGGACCUGGUUACCAUUCACUCGUCAAGCAACUCCAAGCAUGAGUUGAAAAUGUUAAACGUCCCAGCACACAAAAGGUAAUAAAACUCAAGGCAACAUCAGAUGAUAAUGACACAGAGCCCAUUCCAGCUGAAAUAAAAGCAAGAGUUCAAGACACAUAUGGUUGUGUGAACUGGCAGCCAAAAUAUUUGCCACUUUCCGAGACUGUGGAGAGUCAGCAGGAAAAAAAAGAAAUGAUGAAGAACAUGUUUAAAGAGAUGAAUUACAAAUCAGACGAUGUGAAACAAGUACAGUCCACCUAUUACACGCAGCGUCAAGACAUCAACAACGGAUCAAGCAUCCAGACACUAUGCAUAGAGUGGCCAUUUUUGUUCAAGGAAGUUGGCAUGGCUGCACACUUCCAAGAACUUACUGGUGUGAGUCUAAUGGAGCGCUUCCUUGAAAAUGUGGAAAAAAAAGGCAGAAAAAAAAGGCAAACUCAAAACUGUUGAUGCACCCAAAAACAAGCGAGUCCUGGAUGCUCUUAUCAAGUUUCAGACUGAGAGAGGCCAGCUGGAUGGUUCCUCAGAAGAGAUCAUACAGAUGGUACUUCUAUUACUGGCAUAUUUUGGUGAGAAGGAGGAGAACCUGUUCUUUUUUGUAGAGGAGACAUGUCUGCCCCAAGAGGUUCAGGUGGAGAAGUUGCCAGAAACACCCUGCAUUAUUGUGUGUGGGACCUCCUACUUAGCUGAUAGGAUCUUCAUGUUGAGCAUCGACCAAGAGGUUGUCAGUGACCACAUCACAUCAUUUAUGUCUGCCUUCUGUCUGUUGGGAGUUACUACUGCUUUAACAUACACUACCCUGUGGAGCUACGUUCAACAUUAGAGUUCAUCCAAAGGUGUUUGUUCUCAAUAAAUCCAGAGAGAGGCACCAAAGUCGAGUGGAAGAAAAACAAGAAAGUACUAUCAGUCAAUCCCAGAGUUCUUACUCUGAUUGCAGAUCUUUCAGACCAUGAGUGGAUAUAGACAUGCCCCUUUAUUGAUGAGCGUUUUGGUACA